AUGAGCCCUGCUUCGCAGGGUAAUUUGGAAGUGGAACAUUACAUCGGUAGUAAUUUGAUAUCGUCGUUUGCGAGAGUCAACAAUUCUCGAAACAAUGGUAAGGGACGAAAACAAGAUGGUGGUAAAAUAGGGUUGCAGAGAGGAAAUCAAAAUUCUUGCAACGGUGGCGAUGUGUAUCAUCAUCGUCACGGCGGCGGCGGCGGCGGCAGCGGUGGAAGACAGGGAUAUUCCGUUCCCCCCAACAUUUUACCCCAUUGCCCAUCGAGAAACAACAAUUUGACGAAUCGCUACGGAGCGGCUGGUUGGACGGGAAUACCACUCAUUUCCGUCGACGACGGGAAAAAGAAAAAUUUACACUAUCAAGACCGCACGCGUAAAAUCGCGACGGAGGACGAUUCGACAUUGCGAAUACCCCUGUCGCGUUUGGCAAUUCACACUCAGGGAGCUCCGCUCAUAUUAUCGGGAAGAUGCGGUUACAAGAAUCAAAACAGAGGGAAUCAAACGCGAGACGGUGGGGAGGUAGUCGUCGUGAGACGUUCGAAUAAAUUCAAGGAUAACGUCGCGCACAGAAAUGCAGGAACAACGAGUGAUUGUUUGAGCGUGGCCAGUGACGAAAGUUCGGGUUCGGGACAGUCGGAAAAUUGUCUCCCGCGAAUAAUCAAACCUAGGAAAAGGCGGAAAAAGGAUAGGAAACCCUCGAUUCCAUCGUCGGAGAGUUACGAGGAAAAUGGGGGAGAUAAAAUAAAAAAUUCGACGUCGUCGUCGUCGUCGUCGUGCGCGAAGACUCGAUCCGAACCUGUCGCGGUUGUAGACGUGGGUAAAAACUACACACCGAAAAAAUGUGAUAAUACCAAAACUACAAUAAUAAAUGGAUCUCAAACGGAUGAUGGAGGAAAAAAAAAUAUGGAGGAUGAAUCCCACGGUCCGAAACUUCAUCACGCUUUCGAAGACGUUACCGAAAGCGAUUUGCCUUCUUACGGUUGUUUGCCGUCGUCGUGUCAGUGUCACUACUGCGAUCCUUCCGGAAUAUGGAACGCGCCCACAAAUAUAUUUUUCAAAGAAACGGAAAAUUUAUCCGCUUUGUUGUUGACCCCACCGUACCGCGCGAACAAAACCUUUCACCCGUUUCCACAUUCGGAAUUGGUUUUGAGAAGGAGUUGGAGUGAACCCAUAUCGGAUGUUGCGAGAAGAGAUGAUCAAGAUUUCAUUUUCUCGAAGUCUGGGAUCACCAAGGAUCAUCACUGGAGUGGUGAUAAAAUGUUCAGCGGUAGUUGGGAAACGAUUGAAAAAAUCGAUUCGGACCCGGAAAAAACGAACAAAAAGAAAACGAGUUACGGAAAUCAGUGUUUGGAAGUAUCGACGGAAAUCGUGACGUCUCAUAACGGACAUCGAGAUAUCGAAAUUCGAUUUUAUUCCAGUUCGCCUACAUCGUGA